AAUAAUAUAGGUAAAUUCAGAAAGACGCCAUUUUGCAAUCUUAGAGUUUCAGGCAGGACGUUGAAUAUAAUCAAAUAAAAUUUUUGAGAAAUAAUGGAGGAGCUGGUGCAAACAGAAAAUUUUAUUGACAAAGAGCUUGAGGAUGAAAUCAGGAAUGCGAAAGCCUAUCUAUUAAGAACGAGUUCAAAGGCUGGGGAAAAUUUGUACGAUCACCUAGUAUCAACAAUAACAAAGAUUCUAGAAGACAAACCACAAAAUGCCUCAGAAAUAUUUGAAGACAUAAGCAGAGAACAGAAAAGAAGUGCUUUUAAAACAGAACCAGAUACCAUCCAGGAUCAAGUUGAGGUGCUUUCUGAAGUUUAUUUGGCAAAUGAACAUCGGUGCUUGUUUGAGAGAAAAGAUGCGGAUUUGCCAAUCAUGGCUGAAAAUGAGAUGGAAGAAGAAGGAAGACAAGUUCUUGGUGAUGUUUUAGAGCAUGCUCACUAUUUUGAACAAGCGAAUGUUGGUCUUGGAAGGGAGGAGACCUUUAGAGUAUUCCUUGCAACCAAACAGCUAUCGGAUGCUUAUUCAUUUGAAGUGUGCCGAUUUUGGGGUAAAAUAUUUGGCAUUGAAGGAAACUAUUAUGUUGCUGAAGCUCAAUUUAGAGAAGGAGAGGACCCAUAUGUCGAUGAAGACGACACAUCAUCACAGCAGGAAGCAACUGAAGCUAAAGAAACCUUGCUUCUUGCAGAAGAACAGCAGUCAGAAUUUGACGACAUCCCUAAAGUAGAUUACAAGCCACCGAUUCCGAUUCCCAAAGAAGAAAUUGGAACUGGUUGCAACGCUAAAGUAUAUUUUGUUUGCAACGAACCUGGAAAGUCGUGGCAUCGACUGCCGCCCGUUACACCGCAACAGAUAAGCGUUUCACGAGUGAUACGUAAGCUCAUGACAGGAAGACUAGAUGCUGAGGUCAUCAGUUACCCCCCGUUUCCUGGCAAUGAAGGUAAUUACCUGCGAGCCCAGAUUGCACGAAUAUCCGCAUGUACACAUAUAAGUCCUCAAGGAUAUUAUAUAUUUGAAGAAAAUGAAGAAGAUGACGACGAGGGAGUUGGACCAGAAAAAUUUGAGAUGAACAUAGAUUUCGAAGGACUACCGAUUGGUGAAUUAACUGAUCCAUCACUGUCAUUCUGGGUUCACCACAUGCCCUACAUCCUACCGCAGGGAAGAUGUUCCUGGUUCAAUCCAACCCUACCGUCCGAGGAAGAAGAAGAGGAGGAAGACGAAGAUGACGAAAGGGAAGAACCGGACGAACCAGAACCCGAGAGUGGCCCACCUUUGCUCACACCAAUUUCAGAAGACAACGAAGUGGAUGGUAUGCCUGCAUGGACAGCACAAAAAUCAACUAAUUUGAUACCACAAUAUGCAAUCGCAGUGCUACACUCAAACCUUUGGCCGGGGGCCCAUGCAUACUGUGUUGACAAGAAAUUUGAAAACCUCUACGUAGGAUGGGGGCUUAGGUAUAGUGCAGAGAAUUACAGCCCACCAGUGCCACCACCAACCCAGGAUGAAUACCCGAGUGGUCCCGAGGUUACAGAAGCAGAGGACCCAACAGUGGAGGCUGAGCGAGCGAUGGAAGCCGCGCAGCAAGAAGCCAGAGAGCAAGAAGAGGAGGAGGAGGAGAGCGAAGAGUAUGAAGAUGAUUAG